UGGGUAUGCGAGUAAAUAAAUGGGCACUCACAGAUAAUUAUGGCCAACUUUUUGUAGCCGAUUAGUUGCUGUUUGUCAGCGAAUCGGUUGAAAUGCGAAUUCCGUGUUAUGGAGCUGGUAUCGGCCUGUUGUUGGUUGGCCUGGUGCUUGUUUUGAGUGCAAAUGCCGAUGAAAAGGUUCAAAGUUCCCGCAUUCUGGCCGUGUUUCCCUUUCCCGGUCGAUCUCAGUAUAUUUUCGCCGAACAGUACCUCAAGGAGCUAUCCCGACGUGGACACAAUGUCACCGUAAUCAACACCUUCGGUAGCGACAAAAUUGAACCCAAUUUUCGAGUAAUUGGUGCAAAAAAGAUACACGAAUUGAUGGCAGCUUUUAACAGUAUCAUGUACAAUACACCCACUAGCCAAUGGAAAAUGCUGACUAUGACUACGGAAUUCAUCAAUCUUCUAACCACUUGCAUACUGGAUGAUCCGGCUGUGAAGGAGCUGCUGGACAGCGACGAGAACUUUGACCUUGUCGUGUUCGAAACGGUCCAAAACGAGGCUCUCUUUGGAUUAGCCCAGCACUUUGGAGCCCUGACUAUGGGAAUUUCAUCCUAUGGAACGGAUCGACAUAUUGACGAACUAAUGGGCAAUAUCUCGCCCCUUUCCUACAACCCUAUGCUCUUGUCAUCGCGAACCGAACGAAUGAGUUUCGAUGAACGCUUCUGGAAUCUUUGGGAUGCCUUGCUCCUUUGGGUGCAUAAGCGGGUUGUUCACUUGCCAACUCAAAGAGACCUACUUAGAAAAUACUUUCCAGAGUCGAAGCAGUCUCUAGAGGAGAUUAUGGAUAGCUUCUCUCUGGUUCUGAUGGGCCAGCACUUUUCACUUAGCUAUCCGCGUCCCUAUCUGCCGAAUAUGAUCGAAGUGGGAGGUCUUCAUCUGCAGCAGCAACGUAAAGUGCAACCUCUGCCCCAGGAAUUGUCGGAUUUCGUCAGCCAAGCCACUAAGGGAGUAAUAUACUUUUCGAUGGGCUCGAACAUUAAUAGCAAGGAUCUGCCGCCGUCUGUUCGCCAAGCUCUGAUGGAAACCUUUGCCAGCUUGCCUCAAAGUAUCCUAUGGAAAUUCGAGGACGAUCAGCUGUCCGAUAAACCGGCUAACGUUUUCAUUAGCAAGUGGUUUCCUCAACCUGAUAUUCUGGCCCAUCCGAACGUAAAGCUUUUCGUUACCCACGGCGGAUUAUUGAGCACCAUCGAGAGCAUAUAUUUCGGAAAACCAGUUUUGGGACUGCCAGUUUUUUACGAUCAGCACUUAAAUAUCCAGAGGGCCAAGCAGGCGGGCUAUGGUCUAAGUGCCGAUUUGUGGACUUCGAAUGCCACAGUUCUGAUUCCGUUGAUACAGGAGCUUCUGGAGAAUCCCAGCUAUGCCAAAGCGGCUCAGACCAAGUCUAGGUUAUUCCGCGACCAAAAGGAGACCGCCCUGGAACGCGCCAUCUGGUGGACGGAAUAUGUACUACGAAAUGAUGGCGCCACCCAUAUGAGGUGUGCCUCCCGGGAUCUGAGUUUUGUGCAGUUCCACGGAUUGGAUACCUGGGGCCUACUCAUCGCAGCCGCGCUUGCCUUGCUACUGAGCUUUGCAAUUGCUCUGAAGCUUCUAUUCAGGGGCCUUUGUUACGUAAUCGCCAAACGUCGAGAUCGGGCGAACAAAUUGAAGACACACUUAUGUUCAGAGACGGCUGGCGAGAUGCUACCUUUGAAAUUAAGUGCAAUUUUAGUGUUGCUAUUUCCUGUGUGCCUGGAGGCAGCAAGGAUUCUGGCCGUGUUCCCAUUCCCAGGACCGUCGCAGUACAUAAAUGUGCUCCCAUAUCUAAAAGAACUUGCCGCUCGGGGACACGAGGUGACCUCGAUUAAUGCUUUUCCUCAGAAGAAGCCUUUGAAAAACUUCCGCGAUGUUCCAAUACUCGAGGUGUUUGAAAACUACAAUGAGCUAAUUAAAGACUUGAAUCAGCCAAUGAACUUGUGGCAGGAGAAUAAUUUUAUUAACAAAUUUUUUGUCAGCGUAACGAGAGCUGUUUUGACAAACAAAGAGGUGAAUGAGUCGCUCCUGCCACCUGGAAAGGAUCACUUCGACUUGAUAAUCGUAGAGGCUAUUAGAUCAGAUGCCUAUUAUGGAUUCGCAUCCCACUUCAAUGCCCCAAUCAUAGGUCUCUCGACCUUCGGCACUGACUGGAAUAUCGAUGAGCUGGUGGGCAAUGUAUCUCCAAUGUCAUACACUCCCCUCGUGACUGCGGGCUUUACAGACCGAAUGAGUUUCAAGGAGCGUGUUACCAAUUUUGUGGAUACUACAGUAGCAUGGUUAAACUACAAAUAUGUGCACAUGCCGGAGCAGGAGGCGAUGUACGCGAAAUACUUUCCCGAGGCUUCCAAGAGGGUUCCAUUGUCGGACUUAAAUAGGAACUUUUCACUGGUGCUGCUCAAUCAGCACUUCUCUCUGAGUUUUCCUCGACCAUACGUUCCGAACAUGAUCCAGGUGGGCGGCCUGCAUAUAUCCCACAAGCCGGCUCCCUUGCCCAAGGACUUGGAAGAUUUUAUUCAGGGCGCCGGCAAGGCAGGGGUUAUCUACUUCUCCUUGGGGUCUAAUGUUAAGAGCAAGGACUUGCCCGCAGAGAGAAGAGAAAUAAUCUUAAAAACUUUUGCCAGUCUUCCACAGCGAGUCCUUUGGAAAUUCGAGGAGGACCAGCUGCCGGGUAAGCCGUCGAACGUGUUCAUUAGCAAAUGGUUUCCCCAACCGGACAUUCUGGCCCAUCCCAACGUUAAGCUCUUCAUCACACAUGGUGGGUUGCUAAGCACCAUCGAGAGCAUCCACCACGGCAAGCCGGUCCUGGGACUCCCAUUUUUCUACGAUCAAUUCCUGAAUGUGAAAAGAGCAACACAGGCUGGAUUUGGACUGGGACUAGACCACAAGACAAUGACGCAGCAGGAGUUCAAGGAAACCAUCGAAAGAUUGGUAAACGAAAGCCAGUUUGCGGACACGGCCAAACAGAUGUCCGAUCGGUAUCGGGACCAACCGAUGACCCCUCUGGAAACAGCUAUUUGGUGGACGGAGUACGUCUUGCGGCACAAGGGAGCCUAUCACAUGAGGGUGGCUGGCCAGGAUCUGGGCUUCUUUGCCUAUCACAGCUUGGACGUGAUCGGUACUCUUAUGGGAGGAGCUCUUCUGCUUCUAGUAGUCGUGUUGGCCUUGUUUUUCAAGGGUAUCAAGCUCGCUGGUUUUGGAAGCUCCAAGAAAAAACAGAAAUCUCAUUAGGCUUUAUUAAAUUUUAUUGU